AUGGGCAACAGCAAGGCCGUGGCCUUCAUCCUCGCGCUCGCCCUGUGCGGGCUGCUCGCCGCGGAGGUGGCGGCGGCGGCGUGCGACGCGAGCGCACUGACGCCGUGCAUGGGCGCCAUCAUGCUGGGCGGCGCGGUGACGCCGGGGUGCUGCGUGCGGAUGCGCGCCCAGCAGGGGUGCCUGUGCCAGUACGCGCGCAACCCCUCCUACAGCGGCUACGUCAACAGCCCCAGAGCGCAGAGCGUCGUCAAGGCCUGCGGCGUCCCCAGGCCCAAGUGCUGAACUGCUGCUCAUCGUGCUGACGAUCCCCGCCGUGGCCGGCAUGGCAGCAAGCACCGUUCGACGGUGGUCUACGUAAUGUCUAUUGUAUCGGUAAUUGUACUGUCGACGCCAUCGAGCUAGUACCCGUACCACAUACGUGUACGCUACCGAUGGACGUCUAAAUAAACGCGGCUGUUGCGAGCUGCGAACAUGCAUAGGCUUGUGCCAAUGUUGUGGCAGCUGGUCUUGUACGUUUUUAUGUUUUAUGUUUCACCAUCGUCUAUGAGUAAAGUUUAUCAUCGGUAUAAA